CCUCAAACAGGACAGACGAUCAUCUCUGCAUGGGACUUGGAGCUCGAAAGUGAGAGAAAGAUUGUGUGCUGUGUGUCACAUUUAGUGAUUAGACACAAAACAGAGCCCAACAGGUCGUGGAAAUACUGUUCAUAAGGUAUUUUAGCGAAUCCUUCUGUAAAAAACAAGAAAUUAAAUGUACUGUUAAAUAAAAAAAUUCUGAAGCAGGGGACUGUGGGUAAUAACCGUUUAAAAAAAUUAUUUAUUUCGGUAUUCUACAAGUUCUACUUUAGCAAACAUUACAGUACGAUCUGUUGAUUAUUAAUUAUUUAGAAAAGAAAAUUACGGUGUUUUUUGUUUCAAAAAGCGACUAACAACACUUUGAAAGUGUUGAAUCAGUUGAAAUUUGAUCGAAAAGUCCCGAACGAUAGAGGCAAUUUUACCGUUUCGCAUAACAAGUGUAGUGAUCUGGCGAAAGGGAAGAUAACUGUUGAUAUUUGAAUAAUAUAAGUAUAUAAUAUCAUCUACAGCCAUCUGAAUCUCGGAUGAAUGUUUGGAUGAACAAAAUAAAUAAAUCGCCUAAAGGAAAGAAGAAUAACUAGGUCCUACUUGGACAUGUGGUAUUUAGCCUUGGCUAUUUUAACUAUCCCGUUUCUUUCUCAGAAUUUUGUGGUUUCGCAGUCCAUCAUCAAUGAUGUAAAUAAUAUCUGUCCAGAGAUCAAGCCUGGUCAGGAUGACCUCCCAGGGUUUGAUCUGAUACGAAACUUCAGACUAGAUGAUCCACACCUAGGGUUUCCCGGGGUGAAAGAGGUGCGAGGCUCUAACAGAAUGCAAAAAGCUUACCGGCUGUUUCCACAAAAAGCUAACUUAACACGGCCCACAAGGUCAAUUUUUCCGCUGGGAUUACCGGAUCAGUUUUCUCUUGUGGCUACUUUCCGGAAACGAAACUUACAUAAAGGUCAAUGGAGCCUUAUUCGCAUUGACGACAUUUUAGGAAAGCCUCAGUUUGGAGUAACUAUUAUCCCCAAGAGGAAAGAAAUGGACUUUUACUCCCUCGACUUCCAGGGCAAACUUCAAACACUAACCUUUAGUGAUAUCGAGGUAAACGACAAACAAUGGCACAAGAUUGACUUCAGUGUCUAUCAAGAUAAAGUCACGCUUUACAUGGAUUGUAAAAAGGCGACAACACUGACUAUGAAUCAACGUGGACCAAUAGACGUCAACGGAAACAUAGUGCUUGCACAGUACAAAGGCAAAAACAAAAGUGUGCCUUUAGAUUUACAAUGGAUGGUAUUGAGCUGCGACCCCACGCGGGCGAAAAGAGAAACUUGUGAUGAACUACCUGAAAAUCUGCAGAAACGGCAAGAAUGUCAAGUGUGUCCGGCUGGUCCUCCAGGUCCGCCUGGAUUAAAUGGAACGGAAGGCCCACCUGGCCCUCAUGGCGAACCUGGUGAACCAGGUUUACAAGGAAUUCCAGGAUUGAGAGGGACUAAAGGAGAAAUAGGAAUUGCUGGUAUAGCUGGCCUACCAGGACCGAUAGGACCACCUGGACCAAUUGGCCCACCAGGAAGACAAGGCUCACCGGGUCCUAAGGGUGAAUUUGGUCUACCAGGACUACCUGGCUUAACGGGUCUUAAAGGUGAAAUGGGAGAACCAGGAAUUCCAGGAGAACCUGGACCACCUGGGAUCAUGGGAGCAAUGGGACCAAGAGGACCACCAGGACAGCCAGGUGAUGCAGUCGUGGUAGAGGGGCCAGUUGGACCUCAAGGAGAACCUGGACUUCCAGGGCUUCAGGGAGAACAAGGUCUUCAGGGAUUGCCAGGACCUGUCGGAACUCCAGGAAAGAAGGGGGAACCAGGAGAAAAAGGACAAGUAGGAAGAAUUGGCGAUAGAGGACCACCUGGAGAACGAGGAGUACGAGGGUUUCCAGGACCAAUAGGCCCAAGCGGACCUCCCGGUCCUCCAGGAAGAGACGGAAUCCCUGGAAGGGGUAAUGAAGUCGUAUCUGUACCUGUAUGUAUUACUGUAAUUAUGCUAUUUAUGAACAACAAAAAAAUUAAAUUUCUUUGUAAUAAUCAUUAUUAUAAGAUUUAUAUUGUCA